UCGAGCUGAUGACGAUGACUCCUUCCCCUCUGAUGGAUGAAGGAUUUCCAGCCUUCGCCGUUUCGAAGGGAUCACAGGAAUCCAUUUCUCUUCAAGAUACAACUCUCCUACUGAAAAUAACACCACAGUAGCUGUAGGGUUAUUCGCGGGAGAAGCAUUAGAUAGCAAAACUGGCGCUGUUGGUGGAGUGGAUGAUGAACGGCCACGCAAUUUUAUACACCGGGGUCACUUUGGCCUUCUGGACGACCAUACUGAUCGUCGGUAUUUGCUAUACGAUUUUUGACCUUGGAUUCCGAUUUGAUGUAGCAUGGUUUUUAACAGAGACUUCCCCCUUUAUGUGGGCUAAUCUUGGAAUUGGCCUGGCUAUUUCACUGUCUGUUGUUGGAGCUGCAUGGGGGAUUUACAUGACUGGAUCUAGCAUUAUUGGUGGUGGGGUCAAAGCCCCAAGAAUCAAGACCAAAAACCUUGUCAGCAUUAUCUUUUGUGAAGCUGUUGCCAUUUAUGGGAUCAUCAUGGCAAUUGUCAUUAGCGACAUGGCGCAGAGCUUCAGUGGCACAACUCCAGAGACUAUUGGGGCAAGGAACUACCAAGCAGGCUACUCCAUGUUUGGUGCAGGGCUCACUGUUGGCUUUUCAAACCUUUUCUGUGGCAUCUGUGUUGGCAUCGUGGGCAGUGGAGCUGCCCUGGCAGAUGCUCAGAAUCCCAGCCUCUUUGUCAAGAUCCUCAUUAUUGAAAUUUUCGGCAGUGCCAUUGGACUGUUUGGAGUGAUUGUAGCCAUCUUGCAGACAUCAAAAGUAAAAAUGGGAGAUUAGAUGACUGCAAGACCUACAUAUCAAUGAUGCUGUGUUGCUGGUGCAAAUGGAGAGUGUAAAUACAUAGUAAAUUAUUUAAAUGUAUUUGUCUGUUUUCAACCAUCAUUUUCGGAAGAUUGAAAUACUGUAUGUGCACCAAUUUGUCUUAAAAGAGUGCAUGGUGAUGUCAAAUGCAGAUCUUUGACAAAUUUUCACACAUAGUUUGGAAAGAAAUUAAAUAUCUCAUAAUUCUGAAAAUGAAAGUAUGAAAAUAUCUCAAUGUUUUUGGCCAUAUAUAUAUAUAUAUAUAUAUGUCAUAAAUGUAUCAAAUUUAAACAUUCGAUUUUUUUUUUUUUUUUUUUAAAUCGAAGUAUUGUAUUUGUCAUAAAAAUUACCCUAUAUAAUGUAACCAAUGAUCCUAGAACAGACUGUCCGUAGACCCAAGAUUAGGGUCCGUUUUGAAAAAUAAGAUGUUACGUUCGUAAUAAUCUCAGAUACCAAUAUAUAGUUCGAUGUCAUUGUUCUGUACAGUGCAGGAAAAGUAAAAAUUGCAUAAGAGUGGUUCUUUGCAUUGAAUGGCUGUAAAUUGUGAAGUAUUCUCUUGAUUGCUGAAUGCAAGAAGUCCUUGUUAUAGUGUGAACAGCACCUGGUAAAUCCAGUGUGGUUGACCUGAUUUCAUUCUAAUGUGUUGCAUUGUUUACUGAAUUCAAGUAAAUGCUAUAAGAAAAUAGUUAUACCACAACAAAUUUAAGUUAAAAAAAUAAUAAAAAUAAAAUCUUAUUUCUACCAGUGUGAACCCUUACUUUUCGAAGGGCACUCCUCAGUUGUGGUUGGUUAAAAAUGAGAGGAUAUAGUAAUCUGAUGUGUGUGUACAUACUAAAAGCAAUUUUUGUGAAGCAUGAGGUUGUUUACCAUUCUGUAUUUUCCUAGCUGCAUGUUGUCUUGUGAUUUUUGUUUACUCUUUGUACUUUUUUUAUUAUUUUCUAUUUUUAUUGCAAGCAAAAAGUGGUCUUGGUUGCCAGGUCACUAUGGCAAAUUCGAAGCUGUAUGAAAGAUAUGUAACAUUUAUCUUUGCUGCUCAGGUCAGGUAGUCCUGAAAAUGAUUUUCUUGAAGGCAAUUGCAAUGUUGCUUUUCAUAGAACACAACUGCCCAGCAAACAGCUGUUUGGGAUCGUUUUUAAUUGGCUUUACGUUGUCUUUAUAUAUUGUGAAAAUUCUAGCAGUACUCAGUCUGAACCACUGCUUAUAGAAAUCAUCAUCAAACUUAUUAGAUCACUUGGCCUUAUUUGAGCUCUUCUGAAAUGCUUUUUCUAUAAUGUAUUUGUGAAGUGGCAGUACAUACUAAACCUGAUGAUUUUACUAACCCCUGAAUGUACACGAUUCAAAAUCGAGAUCUGUUUUGAAGCUUAAAUGUCUGGUGUUUUACUUAAGAUGUUCAAAUUACACACCCCAUCUGUAUAAUAAUUCCCUGAUGACCAAAAUCCUCACUCAUUUACAAGCAACAGUCCUGCACUGGGACUGCGGAGUGCUGGAUUACUUCAUGUUUUCUUACAUCUGUACAUGUUUAUUUUGAAACAUUCCAAAUGAGAGCUGGUUGGAACAAUUUGGUGGUUCAAUCCACUCCUGGUGGAUCUCAUUGAUAAAAGAAGCCACAGAUGUGCCCUUAUGAACAGAGAGCCUGCUUUAGGUCUCAUUACUGUGGGGCUUCCAGGACCUGGAUUGGCUGUUACUAGUGUAGUGGUUCAGGAGUCUUAUGGACAAUGACCUCUUACCACUGUCUCCUGUUUCGGUGAUUGUGUUAAACAUGUUAAUGUGGUGAUUCCAUUGUUUUGAUGUGUACAAGUUGAUCCUCUUGACUUCUUCAUUGUCCUUGAAGAAAUAAAAGGAAUGUGAAAAACA